AUGGUUAUAUUCAUAGUGAGCCUCAGUUUUAAUAGUAAUUCGGCCAGGCACAGACAUUUGAAGCUACGCUGGAGUUCCUUUGAUUGCAGAGUCCACACCGAUUUUGUGUCCGAAUACAAGUGCCGCGUGGUGCAGCCAAUGCGUUCAGCUCUAAAUGUGGAACUCAACUUACUGCAGGAACUUAGAUCAAUAAAAGUUUAUACACUUAUUUCCACCAAGCCCCCAUCGGGGGUUACGUAUCGAAAAUUAUUUGACAAUUCUUUGGACGGUUGUCGAGUUAUUUCUCAGCUCUCGCAGAAGGGAAUCACAUCUAAAAUCUAUGCUUCUGUAAUUAAGUCCAGCAAUCAGCCCAAAAUGUGUCCAAUAAAAAAGGGUUUGAUUUACUAUCAUAAUAUAAGCGUAGAGGAGGUAAUGCCAAGCUUUGUGCCAGUCAGCAAUUUAAUGACCCAGGUCAACUUCUAUGCCCAAAAUCAAAGCUAUUUAAAUGUUACGCUUAAAGGUAGUGUUAUGAACAACUAG